UAUAAAUUUACAAAAUAGUGAUACAUGGAUCUAGAACAAUGAAAUAUGACCAAUUCAAUUUAAGUCAUGAUGUCCAAAGAUAUAUAUUACUUUUUGAAAUGGCAUUAUUAUUAUUAUUAUUAUUAUUAUUAUUAUUAUUAUUAUUUAACAAAAAACCGACUUCAAAUUUUUUUUUUUCAUAAAGCAAAAUAUUUAUUCAAAUCAAAAUGAACCACAAACCUCUCAUAAAUUACUCUUUUUUUUUCUCUUAGAAAAAAAGAAAUACUAAGUAGUAUAAAAAAGAAGUUAAUUAAUUAUCUGAUCAUCAGAAGUCAUAUAUUCCUCUUUUAUGUUCAUUCAUUUCACCCAUCAUCAUCGAGAAGAGAAAAAGGAAACCCUAAAUCACAGGUGAAGAGAAAAGAAUUAAGAGGAAGAAGAGCAAGAUGCUACGAGUAGCCGGUAGAAAGUUUACAUCUUCGGCAGCUAGAUCUUCAUCUAGCUUUUUUACAACCAGAACCUCUAUCACCUUUAACGAUGAUUCUUCGUCUCCUCCGCCGCCAGCGGCUAGAUCUCCUUCUCCUUCGCUUGUAUCGUCCUUUCUUUAUCAAAUCAGAGGUUUCUCAUCCAAUUCAGUUUCUCCCGCAAAUCAGAUGGGAUUAGUCCCAGAUCUUCCAGCCACAGUGGCUGCUAUUAAGAAUCCCACUUCAAAAAUUGUAUAUGACGAGAGCAACCAUGAGCGUUUUCCACCUGGUGAUCCAAGCAAACGUGCUUUUGCUUACUUCGUCUUGACAGGAGGAAGGUUCGUCUAUGCCUCAUUGCUUCGCCUCCUGAUUCUGAAGUUUGUUCUGAGCAUGUCUGCUAGUAAAGAUGUCCUUGCACUUGCUUCUCUGGAGGUCGAUCUUUCCAGCAUUGAACCAGGGUCGACUGUUACUGUUAAGUGGCGUGGUAAGCCCGUUUUCAUCAGGCGCCGCACAGACGACGACAUCAAAUUGGCGAACAGUGUUGAUCUUACCUCCCUUCGUGACCCACAACAAGAUGCUGAGAGGGUCAAAAAUCCUGAAUGGCUUGUGGUUGUCGGGGUGUGCACUCACUUAGGAUGCAUCCCUUUACCAAAUGCCGGUGAUUUUGGUGGUUGGUUUUGCCCAUGCCAUGGCUCCCACUAUGACAUCUCCGGUAGGAUUCGCAAAGGACCUGCACCAUAUAAUCUGGAGGUCCCUACCUACAGCUUCUUGGAAGAGAACAAGUUACUUAUUGGUUGAGAAAUUAUGUCUUUUAAGUUGCAGAACAACUUGUAGCUGCUGGACCAAAAUUGGAUCUUGCGUUUAGCUUUCUUUUGAGUUAUACAUGGAUUGUAUUUACUGACCAGUACUGGUAGCACGUUUUUGGAGUGAAUAAUUCUGCUGGAUGCUUGUUAAGAGCUUUUCUCAUGCUUCAUAUUUAUUUUGAAUAAAUUUUCUAUGAUUUACAUA